AUGGUGGGGGAGGUGGAGUGUAAAAGUGCUCCAGUGAAGGGAGUCGGGGCGUCUCAGGGCUGGUGCAAAGUCGAGCGCGUGCUGCUUUAAUCAUGACCCAGGCAGAAUUUGAUAAAGCUGCUGAAGAGGUAAAAAAGCUGAAGGCCCAGCCAACUGACCAAGAAAUGCUGGAUAUUUAUAGCCACUUCAAACAGGCUACUGUUGGUGAUGUAAAUACAGAGCGUCCUGGAAUGCUUGACUUCAAAGGCAAAGCCAAGUGGGAUGCCUGGAAUGCCUUGAAAGGAAUGUCCCAAGAAGAAGCAAGGAAAAUAUAUAUAGCAAAAGUGGAAGAACUGAAGGGCAAAUAUGGAAUGCAGUGAACUCUUACCUGCAGCCUUAAAUGAAAACAUGCCUUGCUAAUACUGUGGAUAACUAAAUGUUGUACUUACCCACUACUGCAGUGCCAAGAAGUGAUGCCACUUCAGAAUUUAUAGUUGUGUAAAUGGUCUACUCUAUGAACUUCUAAUGGUUAAUAGAAUAAAACUGUAAAGUUCAUUAAAAAAAGAAUAAAACUGCCAAGUUCAUAAAAAAAGA